CGUAAGGAUGAGAACACGGAGAACGCAGGGCCACUGGGAGCGCAGGUAACGGCACCGGGGUGCGGUGGGGUUGCGACGGGCUUCUUCCCAGACCUGUGCUGAAUGGAGAGGACCGAGGCAACGCCGAGUCGCGGCUCCUAGCGGCGGGGCCGCUCCCUGAGCUGCAGCUGCCAGGCGAGGAUGUGUGGAGCCCGGGCGGCGCGGGGGAGCUGAGAGCCUUCGGGCGCCAGGACCCCCGGGGCCCGGGAUGAGUUAGCGAGGGCGGCCGCGGGGGCCCGUUCCGACUGCUGCAGGCCGCGGCCACGGCCGCCGCCCGCCCGCCCCUUCCGUGCCGGGGCCGCUAGCUCCUUUCCGUGCCCACCCGCUUGCCUCCCCGCGCUCCCGGCCCUGGAGACCAUGAGGUUCCGCAUCUACAAGCGGAAGGUGCUCAUCUUGACGCUCGUGGUGGCCGCCUGCGGCUUCGUCCUCUGGAGCAGCAAUGGGCGACAAAGGAAGAACGAGACCCUCGCCCCGUCGCUGCUGGACGCCGAGCCCGCGCGGGCUGCGGGCGCCCGGGCCGGGGACCAUCCCGCCGUGUCCGUGGGCCUUCGCCAGGGCUCCAACGAGUCGGCGGCUCCGCUGGUCGCGGCGGCCCCGCAGCCCGAGGCGGACAACCUGACGCUGCGGUACCGGUCCCUCGUGUACCAGCUGAACUUUGACCAGACGCUGAGGAAUGUAGACAAGGCCGGCUCCUGGACCCCCGGAGAGCUGGUGCUGGUGGUCCAGGUGCAUAACCGGCCCGAAUACCUCAAACUGCUGCUGGACUCCCUUCGAAAAGCCCAGGGAAUCGACAACGUCCUUGUCAUCUUUAGCCAUGACUUCUGGUCGACCGAGAUCAAUCAGCUGAUUGCUGGGGUGGAUUUCUGUCCGGUUCUGCAGGUGUUCUUUCCUUUCAGCAUUCAGUUGUACCCCAACGAGUUUCCGGGCACUGACCCCAGAGAUUGCCCCAGAGACCUGGAGAAGAACGCAGCUUUGAAGAUGGGCUGCAUUAAUGCUGAGUAUCCCGACUCCUUCGGCCAUUAUAGAGAGGCCAAGUUCUCCCAAACCAAACACCACUGGUGGUGGAAGCUGCAUUUUGUAUGGGAAAGGGUCAAAGUCCUUCGAGACUAUGCUGGCCUCAUACUUUUCCUGGAGGAGGAUCACUACUUAGCCCCAGACUUUUACCACGUCUUCAAGAAGAUGUGGAAAUUAAAGCAGCAAGAGUGCCCUGAGUGUGAUGUCCUCUCCUUGGGGACCUAUACUGCCAUUCGCAGUUUCUAUGGCGUGGCUGACAAGGUAGAUGUGAAAACGUGGAAAUCCACAGAGCACAAUAUGGGUCUGGCCUUGACCCGGGAUGCGUACCAGAAGCUGAUCGAGUGCACAGACACUUUCUGUACUUACGAUGAUUAUAACUGGGACUGGACCCUUCAAUAUUUGACUGUAUCUUGUCUUCCAAAAUUCUGGAAAGUGCUGGUUCCUCAAGUUCCUAGGAUUUUUCAUGCUGGAGACUGUGGUAUGCACCAUAAAAAAACCUGUAGACCAUCCACCCAGAGUGCCCAGAUCGAGUCACUCUUACGUAAUAACAAACAGUACUUGUUCCCAGAAACUCUAUCUAUCAGUGAGAAGUUUAUGGCACCCAUUUCCCCACCUAGGAAAAAUGGAGGGUGGGGAGAUAUUAGGGACCAUGAACUCUGUAAAAGUUAUAGAAGACUGCAGUAAAAAAAAAAAAAAAAUCACAAUUACAAAAGCAAAAGUGACAGUCUUCUAUUUUUGAUAUUUGCCCAAACAGGAUAUACAAUUGAAUAAAAAGGUUUAGGAACUGGUUUCUGCUUUAAUACAAAAACAAAAAUUCUUGUAAAAGGUGUCCAAAUAUAGUAAUCUUUUCCUUUUAUGUCUGAUUAAGAUUUAAAACACCAGUUUUCCUUUUGAGAAUUCGGUUUUAAAGCUCAGUGUGUAUCUGCUAAAAGUAAUCAUUGUUGUUAAUUGGUGAGAAAGAAGAGGGGAAAUUUUACUUAAAUUGCAUCUGUUAAAUCUUUUAACCUGGAACUUUGUACUUUUCCACUUUCAAAACUUAAUUUUAAGUACAGCAAAAUUUAUUUGAAAUGGUUGUAUUUCAGUAUUACACUGAAAUUGUAUCAAUGAGUAUUAAUGGAACAAGCCCAGCUUCACUCUUGACACAGUUACUAGGGAUUUCUUCCCUGGUUUUGUAAUUCAAAAGCUAUGUUUGUUAAACACCUGGUCAGAACAGAGUCAUUUUCAGUAUUACAGAUUCCUGUAUUAUUGUGUUAAGAUUUGCCUGUGCUUUGGAAACUUCACAGAACACAAUUUCUUUUGGAAUGUAUUUGAUUGAUAAGAAAGUUUAAACCCUGUUUUCACCUCAAUGUAGAAAUACAGUGGUUUUGUUUCUUUUUUCUUUUAGUGCUGCCAAAAUAAAAUACUCAUUUUUGCAUAAAAAGUUUCCUAAAUAUUUUGCAGAAUAAGUUUUUACACCAAAAUCCAAUAAAGACAUUCUAGAAGUUUUAAAGUAAGCAUUACAGUUUAUCUGUACAUUAUAUAACCGAAUUUGAAAUAAUGAAAAUCCAGCUCUUGAAAAUGCAUUCCCUUUGGAAGAAACUGGAUUUGAAAUUGGCCAAGCAUAGAUAAUGAGCUAUACAAAGCUGCUGUGUAAGUGAAAUACAGCCAGAAAUGAUACAAAGUUCAGUCCUGCCAAAGUGAAACUUGUUCUAGUGCCAGCUUUAUCAGAAAGCAUACUUUUUAAAAGGACAGACAGUAAAUAAUAGGAAACAGGCUUAAAAUUUACUCCAUGCUUAACAUGAGUUUCCCUAAACAGUAUAAAAUUGCAUUCAACCAAAAAUGUACUCAUAGACUACUUUUCUGUGUAGGUAUUGCAAUUAGUCAUUUCAAUCUAAGAAAAUUGUGUACUAAAUAGACAGUCUCAAAAUUAUUAUUGCAGCAAAUUAAGAUUCAUAUUAUGGUUGAAAAAUGCAUGUGGUCAUUUACGAUGGGGCAGGUAGUUCUCUUGCUUUAUGAGCUGCCUUUUGUUUUAUGAGCUGUGUGUGUAUUGUCCUCAUAGCCCAGUCUGGUUCAGGUUUUAUUGGGGUUAGAAAUGUAAAUCAGGAUGUAAACAAGGUCCUACUGUAUCACCGAGGGACUGAAUUCAAUAUCUUACAAUAACUUAAAAUGAAGAGUAUGAAAAAGUAUAUAUAUGUGUGUGUGUGAAUAUGUGUGUGUAUAUAUAUAUAUAUAUAUAUAUAUAUAUAUAUAUAUAUAUAUAUGCAUAACUGAACCACUAAGCUGUACACCAGAAACUAAGAGAUUGUAAAUCAAUGAUACUUCAAUUGAAAAAAAAUGUAAAUCAGGAUGAACUGCUAGGCUUUGUACCAGCUUUUGGUGCUCUGACCUGACCUUCCUAAUUCAGAAGACUAAAGAAAUUAGGUAAUUUCCAGGACUAAGGUAAAUGCUCAGGUUUGAAUGAGUAGCUGUUUGUGGAACAGAAAUAGAUCAGUUUCUGAUCUUGGGGUCAGUGAUUGAAUCAACAGAUAUUUUCCUUUCUGUAUUUUCUUUUAUGCUGCCCUAAAAUUUUUUUGUGAGAAAAAAAUAUAUUGACAUUUUCUUCUGGCCGCAAAUAAAAAUAUUACUCCACAAAA